GAUACAAGUGUAAUUCUUGCUCACUGUCUGUUACUACUGUAAUCUCCUGUCAUUAACUGACAUUAUGUAAUAUUAGCAAACAUGCUAAAAUUGUAUAUCUAUCAUAAUAACCGGGUGAAUUACACAUCCAACGAAAUGUUAUUAUACAUACAUAUACCAUAGAAGAUGCAAUUAAAUGACGCGCUCUAUCCGGAAACAAUUCAAUGUGUACAAUAUGUAUAAAACUUUCAUUUUACUUGUCAUAUGUAAAUCGUUACAAGGAGAAAAUAUCUAUCCAACAGAUUUUCGUUCGUUAAAUUUAGGCUCAUGUACAUUAAAUGGUGGAGAUGUAUACUGUCGACAGUAUAGACGAGAUAGUUUUUGUUCUUUUCUACAAGAUGAAUGUUUCUGUCUACCUGGAUAUGUAUCAGUGAAUGAAAUGGACGAUAGUUGGUAUACAUGUAAACCAUUAAUUACUGAUCUGUAUUGUCGAAUGGAUUCGGAAUGUGCUCAUAUUUCUGGAAGUAUUUGUCAUCCAGGUGUUGGUGCCUGUGUUUGUCCAAGUGGUUAUGAAUUUGUACUACAACAGUUUGCUUGUUUGCCUCGUAUAAAUGACAAUAGAAAUUCCUUAUGUACAGCAUGUCAGCGAUCAGGAGGAAUAUGUGUUAUGAAUAAGACAGAUUAUCCUAUGAACAACUAUCAAAGUGAACUUCAGUGUGCAUGUCCCAGAAGAAGAAUACUGUCGAGAAAAGUGGAGCUUUCUUCCUUCCACCUAUGUCAUUUGACUGCAGCUGAUAUCGGUGAAGAAUGUGAUAUCCAAGGACGUACAUGUUUAAGUCAAAAUGCUGUUUGUGUGCAAACUACAAUUCAACAGUCAACUGACAACACAUUACAGCUGACAAGAAAUAAAACUGUCAACAUUUGUCAAUGCGUUGAUGGUAUGAUUCCUGUUUACCAGAAUAAUUUGGAUUAUUUUGAAUGCUUUACAGAAGUCACUGACCCAACUACACUCGACUGUCAAAGUUGUUUCCAGUCUCAUGGGAGAUGUUAUCAGAUAAAUUCUGGACUUACAAACAUAACUAAUAUCCAGUAUGGAUGUACAUGUCCACUGUUUCAACAACAUCUAAUAAAUUCAUCUGGGGAUUACCUAUGUGAAAGUAAUUCAUGUACACAUGAAAAAGAGACAAAAUUCAAUAGUGAAUUUAAUAAAAACAUGGAAAAAUAUUAUCAUACAUUACCAAAUCAAUUUACGCGCGGAAAAAAAUUUACAAAUUUUAAAAAGAAUAAAAACUUUUGUACAGAAUCAUUUAGUAAUUGUCAAUAUGGUGACGUCCAAUGUUCAACAGAUGAUUUUGUUUCAAUAUUCACUAUGCAUGGAUGGUGUUAUAAAAUGUAUUUGAAUUAUUCUAGAAGUAUAGAACUGAAGCUAAUUUUGGAUCCACAAGAAUAUGAUUACAUUAUACCAAAUAAGGGAUAUACAGGAUUUUAUUUAAUUGUGAAAAGCGCCAACUGUCAAAGCGAUGAUGAGGAGUUGGACAAUGAUAAUAGCAUAAAUGAUCAGCCAGUUAUUGUUGGACCGAAAUUUCAUUCAUUCAUCAAUAUCAAACAACAAUACCCUGUUGAAAGAAUGGAUCAUUUUGGAACCACUACUAAAGAUACGUGCUCAAAUUUUCAUAUACAAUCAGUUGUCCAGUUAGAGAAAUUACCUAUUCAAAUACAUUUACUACAAAAGUUCAAUAUCAACAUGUUCAGACGUAAUGGUACAGCGGUCCACCUAGGCGUUCUAUAUCAACAGAAAGCAUUUCUACAAAUCUACAAUCAUACAGCCUACAAUCUUAUCAAAGAUUUAUCAAAAGAAUUAUACAUGGCCAGGAGAUUAGCUCAAUUCGCUUCAGAAUAUGUAUGGAAAAUGUACAAACAUUUGGAACAUUUUAGUAGACAAUCGAAUCAAAUGAAAGUGGCACAUAAUCAGAAUACUAUCAGCUGUUAUAGACAAGUGUACCAUUUACUAACAUCAGCUGGUAAAGAUUUACUGUCGUCAAAAAAUGCCUUAUUCAUUACUUCUGAUGAUGAAGAUCAAGAUGGCGGAAACAAUCAAACAUUAGACAGUAUUGAAUUACACUUGAUAAAUAGCUUUUUUGAGACGAAAGUGAUUGUAUCACCAAGUUCCACUUUAUUACGCAAAAUUCUCACAGUGAUGAUGAAAUUUCGUUAUCUUCUGUCAGAUCUAAGUGGAACGCCUCCAAUUUAUCAAAGAAAUACCUCAUUCCUCCUAGCAUCUUCAUCUGCAUCACUAUCACCGACGUCUACAUCUUCUUUUGACUCAAUGCCUGAAGCAUCACAAUUAGACACAACAACGUCAACAGGAAACAAUUGUAGUCAUUUAAUUAUGUAUCAUGAAGUACAGAUUGAUAAAAGUGGCGAAGCAGCCAGUGCCGCAUUAGCUCGCCUUGAUCAUGUGAAUAAUGAAUUACACAAUUUGAUCAGAGAUAAUCAUUUAGCCCGAUUAAUAUUUCCAAGAUCAUCUUAUCCUUAUACAGAAUUAUCUACAUCCAGCAUGGUCAGUGUGACUGUACGACUAACGAAAUGGGAAAUCCCACAGCUGUAUCAAACUUCAACGUUGUAUGCAGAUAUUUACUUAAAAAAUUUACUACUCACAAUCUUUAUCAGUACACUAAGUUUGUAUUUAGCACUAUUUAUUCUAGUCGAACUGUGUACAUUUAAACAAAAUGCUUUAACCAAUCAUAUUUCUGUUCAGUGUUGUCGAUUAACCAAUCAAAAGAGAGGACAACUGCAUCAUCAUCAUCAACAUCAUCAAAACGACAAUCAUGGAAUCAAUCAUGAUUCAUGUAUACCCCUAACAACUGAUCAAUAUAAUCAAAUCACAUCACUCGACGUAUCACAUCCAAAUAAUUAUCGCACUUGUAAUCACGAGUGUCAUAGCUGUAGUAAUUAUGAUGAUAGUAGAAAGUGUGGCAAUUAUUAUUUCAAAUGUGAUGAAGACGAAAAUGAUAAAGGCGCCGAUAUUCAUCAGAUAAUUAAUAAUCCAUUCAAACAAUAUACUACUUAUAAACAUGGAUAUAAUAGUAGUGGCUUACACAGCAAUUUACUAGAUAAACCGUUUAGUACACAUCAGAAUAAAGCAGCUACAUUGCAUACAUCAGGUAUAAUGUACAUGUGUAAGGAUUAUUGUCAAACAAAAGCCUACUUAGAUGGCAAUAGUAGUACAGUGGAUAGAAAUGUGCCAAUUUUUCCAGGACAUGGACAAAAGUCGCCAGUCGAACAUUUAGAAACACCGAAUGAUUUAAAUAUGCCUACAGGAUUUCUUCUUACUCCAGUACCGUAUUCAUCAUCAUCAACAAUCACCUCUUCUUCUUCCAAGCCGCCUUAUUUUCAUUCAUCACUUAACUUUCAGUGGACUACGAGGAAUCAGAUUCAAUGA